CGAGCUGCGGGGUGCUCAGAAGCAGGCUUUUAUCUGGCCGGGGGCUCUCGGCGGUUGGGCUCUACGUACUGUAUUGGGACUCUCUGCCUCAGACCCAGGUUCUGCUUCCAUCUCCCCGCCCCCGUGCUCACCCUUGGGCGCAAUUUUCGUUCUCCCCAACCCGUCGUUGUUUCUCUUUCUCCUUAUCUCCAUUUCUUCCCGAAGGCGGUUAGAAAACCUCUUUUCGUCUUAUCACUUUUCUCUCUCUUUGUUUCUCUAGAAUCCUUGUUUUCCUACUUCCUGCUAGGCUUCUUUCUGCCUCCUCGAGCAUUUCUGUCCUUUUCAGAGGCCCGUGACUCCUGUGUUACGACGUUCGAGCCCUUAAAGAGGUCGCUUGAGAACUUUAAGCUUUUCCUUUCUCCUAGUCACACAUGCCAGGACGUAUGGCCCUCGUCAAGAAGCCUCGAAAUACCACAAAGUUGCCCCUGGCUUUAAACCCCACGAAGAGCAAGGACGUGUUGGCAGUGCUGGCUGAGAGGAACCAGGCUGUAAUACCAGUUGGGGCAUGGGUGGAACCUGCCUCACCAAAUAGUUCGGAAAUCACAGCACAUACUUCAGCAUGUAUGAUUGAGGAAGAACUAAAAGAACAACAAAGAAAAAAGCAAGAAGCUUUGAAACAUUUUCAAAAACAAGUCAAAUACCGGGUAAAUCAACAAAUUCGAUUGAGAAAAAAGCAGCAGCUUCUGAAGUCUUAUGAAGCAGCAGAAAAAGAAGGCUCUGUAGCCAUGCAAUCUUCAGAUCGAGCACACUUAACUCCUAAAAGGACAAGCGUUUUUCCAAGUAAUUUGAAUGCUGCUAUUGGAAGUUUUAGGUUACCCCAUUCCCAGAUGGUUGGAGAUGUAGUAGAAGAUGGAGAAAAUCAGAAUAAAUUAUUCCAACAAGCCCAAGCUCUUAGUCACACCAUGAAACAGGCACGUCACCAGCUGGCAUCCUUUAAAACUAAAGCACUUUCUAGAAAACCAGAAUACAUCAAGAUAAAUAUAGGAACAAGAAGAGAGUUACCCCUUAAGAUCCAUCAGGAUCUUUUAGCUACUGUGCAUUAUCAGAACUUGAUGGAAAAUCAGGGCCCUGACUAUGUUAUGACAGAUGAGAAAUGGAGAGAAGAUUUGUUUUGUGAGGAACAGCAGGAUCUCCUUUCUGAAGACAAGACUAUGUCUUUCAACAGAGUUCAGAAAGUAAAGUUCAAAACUCCAUUAUUUGUUGUGAUGGAAGAGGACAAACAAAAGGAGUUGUAUUCUCAGAGACUUCAGGAUAUUCUGCCAGAAGCCCAGGAUUGUCUUCUAGAAGCUCAGUGUGAUCUGCCAGAAACCCAGGGUGAUUUGAUAGAAGUCCAGAGCGUUAAACCUGAAUCUCCAGGUGUUGAGCCAGAUAUUCGAACUAUUGAGCCAGAAUGCCAGACCACUGGGCCAGAAAGCAAAGUUAUUAAGACAGAAACUCAGAGUACUGAGCUAGAAGAUGGGAAUACUUAUUUGGAAUCCCAGGAUUUCCCACCCCAAAACCAAGCCCUUGUACCCAGAGGCCAGAAUUUUCUAUCUAAAUGUCAGGGCCAGAAUUCUCUACCCAAAGACCAUGGUGUUCUCCCUAAAGACCUGAAUAUUCUACCUAAGUCCCAGGACCAGAAUUUUCAACCUGUAGAGCAGGAUUUUCUACCUGGAAACUGGCUUGUCCUUCCCAAAGAACAUAAUAUUCUACUCAGAAAUCAAGACCAGAAUUUUCUACCUAAAGACCAGUGUGUCCUCCCCAAAGACCAGAAGUUUUUACCCAAAUAUGAACACCAGAAUUUUCUACCUAAAGAUCAGAAUUUUCUACCCAGAGAUGACCAGUGUGUUCUCCUCAAAGAACAGAAUAUUCUACUUGAAUAUCAGGACCAAGAGUUUCUCCCUGUCAACCAGGAUUUUCUACCUAGAGACCAGAAUAUUUUACCCAAAUGUGAAGACCAGAAUUUUCUCCUCAAAGGCCAGUGUGUUCUCCCAAAGGACCAGACUACUCUACACAAAUGCCAGGAGCAAGAUUUUCAACCCCCAAAUCAGAAAGUAUGCUUUAAGGAGCCAUUCUUUGAUAGGACAGAUGAGAAAGAAAGAGAAGACUUUUCUCUGGCAGGUGAUCAGUACCUGCCUCUCACACCCCAGUUCCAGGACUUCAUCAGAGAUCAGGACAUGUUUCUCUUACAGCCCUCAUCUUUUAUGAGAGAAGAGAAAGAGAAAGAGGAGUUGCCUCUGGAGUAUCAUCAGUAUGUUCCACCUAAAAUCCAGGACCAGUUCUCCCCUGGAGAAGAGAACAAGUGUGUCAAACAAUCUUUAUUUUUGGAGAAAUGGGAGAUUAUGAGAUGAAAUGAAUCUGGGGAGCCAGUUGAGUAUGAUGACAAUCAUUUGGGAUUGAGCACUGAAUUCCAAGUUCCACUGGCAUUUCAGUCUGGAGUAGAUCAAGAAGAAGACAAGAAAGAGCGUCAAAAGCAGUAUCUGAGAUACAGAAGACUUUUCAUGGAUAUUGAGAGAGAACAAGUAAAAGAACAAAAAAGAGAAAAGGAACAAAAGAAGAAAGUUGAAAAAAUUAAGAAAAAGAAAGAACAACAACGUUAUGCUGAAGAGCAGAGAAUCCUAAAAAUGAACUUGCAUGAAGGAACAUAUUCAGAGGAGAAGAUGAGUGACAUGUUAGCUCAGUUACGACUUGAAGAACUAAAAGAAACCAGAGAAAAACAGCAGCAGAGAGAAAAAGAAUACAUAAGAUAUAUAGAAGCUCUACGAGCACAGGUCCAGGAGAAAAUGAAACUAUAUAAUAUUACUUUACCUCCAUUAUGCUGUUGUGGUCCUGAUUUUUGGGAUGCCCAUCCUGACACCUGUGCCAACAAUUGUAUUUUCUAUAAAAAUCAUAGAGCAUAUAGUCGGGCAUUGCGUUCGGUCAUCAACUCCUCUGAUAUCUCCGAGGGGAAUGUAACUCUUCGAAGUGCCAUUCGUAAUUUUGCUUCUGCACAUAGACGGACUUUGAAAAAAAUCUGUAAUAAGAAUCUGAAAUCAGCUGAAACAACUGACAGUAUUUCAGCCUUCAUUUAAAAUCAACCAUGAGAAAUUAUUUAGGAAAAGCUGUUAAAGUGUAUGAGAUGUAUUAUCUGAAAAAUACUAUUCCACAUAAUAAUUAUGUAUCUGUCUGUAAUUACAUAUCUGUUUUGGGACUAAGACUGAAAGUUGACUUCCAAACUUGUCUCCUUUGUCAUGAAGCAUAUGAAGCCUAUUAUUUUAAAAGGAUGAUCAGACAAGUAAGGUCUCUCUUACUUUGCUGUGAUCAGAGGAGCUCAUGAGAAAUCUCUGAGAUUAUCUCAUUUAUCAUCUUUCUAAAACUGUGUCUGGAGUCUUGAUAAUAUUGAGAAUGUCUGGCUAAAGCAGAAAAGAAAGUGAUGAAAUGGGUUUCUGAGUAUUAGUGAUCAUCUGUAUUGUCAUUAGCUUUUCUAGUUUUGUGCAACAAUUAGAAGAGUUUGAAUUUGAUCUUCUCAAA